AUGAAAAGAAGCAGACGCAUAAUUGAUUUCAGACAACCAUCUGUAGAAGAAGGUAUUCCAGAACCAUCUUCUAGUGCUGAAAUUGAAAUAUCUUCUAUAGAGGGCUCCUUAGAAGAUUUUACUCAAAAAACUGUGUCUGUUGGCACUCAAUGUGGUAGUUCUUUCGGAAUCUUAUCACUAGAGGCCAUGAGAGGCAAUCCGCAGGCUAUUCAUUUUUAUACUGGGCUAGAAAAAUAUGAAAAAUUCAUGUUGGUGUUAGACACAUUAAGUCCCAUGUGUAAUAAUUUAAAUUACAGGGGAAGUAAAGUUAUCAAUGUUUGUAUUGGUGACCAACUGUUGAUAACACUAAUUAAGCUGAGAAGGUAUUUGCCAGAUUUUGAGUUGGCAUUUUUAUUUGGUAUUUCCCAAACUACUGUUGCUAACAUUUUUGUAACAUGGAUUAAUUUUAUGUAUGAAAUAUGGUCUUUAGUUAAUAUUUGGCCAAGUAAAGAAUUGGUUCAAUAUUAUAUGCCAGAGUCAUUUAAAAGGGGUUUUCCAAGUACAAGGAUUAUUGUGGACACAACUGAAAUACCCAUCACACGGCCUGGGAAUCCAGUAGCACAGCAGGUGACCUUCAGCAGUUACAAACACAAAAACACUGUGAAGGCUAUGAUUGGAGCAACACCUGGAGGUCUUAUAUCAUAUGUCUCUGAAUGUUAUGGAGGUUCAGUCAGUGAUAGACAGAUCAUAGAAAGAUCCAAACUAAUAAAUGUGUGUGACAGUGGGGAUUCAAUCAUGGCAGACAGAGGGUUUAAUGUGCAGGAUAUUUUUGCAUCAAGAGACAUUACUAUUAAUAUACCAAUGUUUUUGAAAGGAAAAACACAAUUACCAGGUGUUAGAAUAAUUCAGGAUCGAAAACUAGCAAGCAAACGAGUUCAUAUAGAGCGUAUAAUAGGUCUAGCUAAAUCAUAUAAGAUUUUAAAAAGUGAAUUGAGCCCUUAUCAUGUACCGCUAGCAUCUAGAAUUUUAUUUGUUUGUGCUAUGGCUUGUAAUUUUAGAGAAAGUAUCAUGAAAUAA